AUGGACAUUGCUGAACCUAUCACACCCGGCAACACCAGCACCGCCAAAGCACGUGAAACCCUUCUUGAUUGUUUUAUUACUCUUUCAGGUGCACAGGCUGAAGAGGAGGAGGAGGAGGAGGAGGAGGAGGAAGAGGACAUGACAGUGGAGCUAGAAUAUGCCGCCAAAAGACCGAAGUUUUAUAAUGAGUUUGCAGGCUGUCAUCAAGAAAUUCAACAGUUGGUAGCUUUCCAUUGCGGCCUGGCAAACCCCAGCUUGGUACAAGUGCCAGCAAUGUUUGGGAAGGAUGAACGCUCGGAUAUUCCGAUACCCAAACUGCGGGGGUUUGGAGUGACUGGCGGCCUGAGUCUAUAUUUUGAUGGCUGGAUUGAAGAUGAAGAAGAUGCUAAUGUGCAAAUGCUCUCCGACGUGCUCUCCACGCCGCAUACAGAUGUGCAGACUGAAAAUCUUUAUCGAAGUCUUUCAAAAAUCAUGAUUUCUCCUGCGAGAAUUCUACAGCGUCGAAUUGGCUCUUGGACUAUAAACAAUGACGGUCAAAUCGGCUUAACCAACCGUCCUAUAUUCUACCAUCUUCAUCAGUUAGAGAAUUGGUCUAUUCCAACUGAUUUUCCUCAAAAUAUAACCUGUACAAGUGCUGAUAGUCUCUAUUUUGACUUUCUUACUGGCCAUGAUAAUCGCUUGCAGCAUCAGAAGAAUGCUGUCUUUGAUGAGAUUGACGGACGUUCCCAAGCCAAAGAUCUAGUGCUGAUGAGAGCAUUUCUACCAUAA